AUGGGAGGUAGGGGAAGAUCUCGUACACAAAGAAAACACUUCCGCCAAAGCAGAGAAAAUGUGUGGAAACGACCCAAAUCGGAUGGCUCUGCUAAUGCCACGCCAGGUGAAGAUGCCGCCGGCAAUGGCGGAAAUACGAGCUGGGAGCCUUUUGCCACGCAGAAUCCCGCUUUCGAUGAGUAUUACAAAGAGCAAGAAAUUGUGUCAGCUGACGAGUGGGAUACUUUUAUGGGGUAUCUGAGGAAGCCGCUGCCUGCUGCCUUUAGAAUCAAUUCAAGUAGUCAGUUUUAUGAGGAUAUACGGUCGCAGUUGGAGAAUGACUUUGUAACUUCUCUUCAGGCAGAGGACACUGAGGGAAAUGAAGUGGAGGCAAUUAAACCUUUGCCAUGGUACCCAGAUAAUCUUGCUUGGCAGUCAAAUUUUUCUCGAAAUCAAUUACGGAAGAAUCAGACCCUUGAGAGGUUUCAUGAAUUCCUCAAGCUAGAAAAUGAGAUUGGGAACAUUACAAGACAGGAAGCUGUUAGCAUGGUUCCUCCAUUAUUCCUUGAUGUACAUCCAGAUCAUUUUGUUCUUGACAUGUGUGCGGCUCCGGGUUCAAAAACAUUUCAAUUGCUGGAAAUGAUUUACAAGUUAGCUGAACCAGGAACUCUGCCAAGUGGAAUGGUGAUAGCAAAUGACCUGGAUGUCCAACGAUGUAAUCUUCUUAUUCACCAAACGAAAAGGAUGUGCACUGCCAACUUGAUAGUCACAAACCAUGAAGCCCAACACUUCCCAAGCUGCCAUUUACACAGGAAGCACUUUGCUGAUUCUCAGAACGAGAAAAUUAAAGCACUCAGCAUUCACCAGCUUCAGUUUGAUCGUGUUUUAUGUGAUGUUCCUUGUAGUGGCGAUGGAACUUUACGUAAAGCUCCUGAUAUCUGGAGGAAGUGGAAUAUAGGAAUGGGUAAUGGACUUCAUGCGCUACAAGUUCAGAUAGCAAUGCGAGGUGUAGCUUUGCUCAAAGUUGGCGGGCGGAUGGUGUAUUCAACUUGCUCAAUGAAUCCAGUGGAGAAUGAGGCUGUUGUUGCUGAGGUUUUGCGAAGAUGUGCAGGUUCCAUUGAGCUUGUGGAUGUCUCGCCUGAGCUUCCCCAGCUUGUUCGCAGGCCGGGUCUCAAGAAAUGGAAAGUUCGGGAUAAAGGGCAGUGGUUGGCUUCUUACAAAGCUGUUCCUAACUACCGUAGAUCUGUAGUACUUCCCAGUAUGUUUCCUUCUGGGAAUUCUUACGUGGACAGUGAUGAAACAGAAACUGGACAAUUAUGUGAGAAUGGAGAUGGCAGUUCUGAAAAUGAGCCCCAGGGAACUGAUGCCUCUGUGGCCUCAUCAAACAGUUCGGAUACUGAAGUCUCGGAUCUUCCCUUGGAACGUUGUAUGAGGAUAGUGCCUCACGAUCAAAAUUCUGGGGCUUUCUUUAUUGCCAUUUUUCACAAGGUUUCCUCCUUGCCUGCCCUUGCAGCCAAUGAGAAUAAACGUACGGGCCUUUCUGAUGAAACGGAUUCUAAUAGUGCUCAGCCUCAGAAAGAAAUGGAUGUGGCUAGAGAAGAUCCAGAGACUGGCACAACAGAUAUUCAGGAUAAGAUUGACCAAGAUAAUUCUAAUAUUGCUCCUUUGGAUACUGAUCAUGAUAAGAUUGACCAAGAUAAUUCUAAAGAGAAAACUGAAGAGCCCCAAACUGAUGCUAAAACGGUUACGGGAAAGAGAAAGCUACAAAUCCAAGGGAAAUGGAAAGGAGUGGACCCUGUUAUCUUUUACAAGGAUGAUAGUGUUGUGGAUAGGAUAAUGGAGUUUUAUGGAAUCAAGGAAUCUUUUCCUUUCAAAGGUCAUCUUGUUACAAGAAAUAACGAUACGAAUCACGUCAAGAGAGUUUACUAUGUGUCGAGCUCUGUCAAACAAGUUCUCCAGUUGAACUUUCUAGCCGGGCAGCAGCUUAAGAUAGCUUCCGUUGGGUUAAAGAUGUUUGAACGACAAACUUCGAAAGAGGGAGCAAACGCACCUUGUCUAUUUCGAAUAUCAUCUGAAGGGUUGCCAUUGAUCCUUCCACAUAUUACAAAGCAGAUAUUAUACGCCACCCCUCUCGAUUUUAAGCACCUUCUGCAGUACAAAACAGUGAAAUUCUCGGAUUUUGUAAAUCCUCAAGUCGGAGAAAAGGCCUCACAGCUAACGCUCGGCUGCUGCGUAGUCUUCCUGUCUAGAGAUUCUUCGGGAGAAAAUGCUACGCCUAUUGCAAUCGGGUGUUGGAGGGGUAGAACAAAUAUAGCCGUGAUGGUUACUGCAGUAGACUGCCAAGAAUUGUUGGAGAGAGUUUCCGUGCUUUUAUCAACUGACGAGGCUGAGCAAUGCAAGGCCGAACAGCCUAUUUCAGAGACCGUUGGUUGGUCAUCUGCUUUAAUUCCUCUAGUGGUGCCAAUAUACGGUUCUUACUGUCAGUAA